AUGGCUGGCAGGGGCAGUAGCGAUAGCCAAGCUGACCAGACGCCGGAGAAGACGACCGGAACUCGCGCCAGGCGCACUCGCCGGAAACUUUGUCUAGUCGUCAUUACAAUACUUCUCAAUGUACUUCUCUACAGUGCUCUCUUGUGCAUCGCCGCCUCCGUCUAUCAAAUCAUCUCUGAUCCGAGAGAUACAUCAAUCUAUACACAAGUAGCUUUGGAUACAACAUCGGCUUUGGCCACGGUCGCAUACACUUUGGUCCAUACAAUCGUCUCACUGAGGCAGAAAUCAUGGGACCACACAUCCUCUACAAGGCGGACCUCUAACAUUGCUCUUCGUAUGGUUGCAUGGCUAUGUGCACUCUGGCUUUUAACAUCUGGAUGGAACAUGAUACUAGUCGCGAGAAGACCAAUCUGUUCGCAAAGGGCGACAGGGCUCGACAGCUGGGAGUACGGCUCCACCUGCCUGGCCAGUCGGAUCGGAAUAAUCACCGCUGCCCUUGCCCUGGGUGUGUCGUGUGUCCUCUUUGGCAUUCUGGCCACGGUUAGUCGUCCGUUGGAAGCGCAUUUAUUCAAUCAUGGUUAUCAGCCGUCAAUUACCGUGUACUCGAAACCAUACAACCCUCGACCAUCUACAUCGCAAGAUAGACCACAAUAUUUAGGGGUCAUUCAUGAAAAGCAAGGGAGGCCUAUAUCCUUGCGCGGAAUUAGCGAAUCCAAUCCAUCAACAGGCAAUGUCCGCAUGAUCAACCCGGGUUGGAGGCCGGGGUCUUCAAUCAUGUCUGGCCAUUCUACAAUCCACACUGCCGACACAGAGGUGGUAUUCACAUCAAAUCUUAAACCGCCCCCGAUUCCUGCUCAAUAUAUCACUUCGCAAUGCAAGCCAUGGCUGGGCAUCUCUGCACCGGCAGGUCAAACAACCAGAGCUCACAAUCAUUCAGCAUCUUCAUCGAGAUCUUCUUUGUGCGGCGACUAUUCGCGCUCUUCACGACAGUCGUUACCGGCGCAGUGGCCGGAAUCCGCAUUGCGCGCCGUUCACCCCAAUCCAGAAUCAUUAAUCUUGGUGGCACGUUCUCGCUCUCAAGGUCCUGGCACUGGAUUUUCUUACAAGAAUCCUUAUUCUCGCUCUUUGAUAUCACUCACUCGUCCUACACGUCUCAGUUACGCCUCGAGUGGUGCAAGUAUUAGCUCGCGACACGGGCGUACGGGGUCAGACAGUUCAGACGACUCUUCGAGGAAGUCUAGCACACAUGAAAGAGCUGGCUCUGACGAGAUUGUACGUGCUCUUGUAAAGGGCAUUCCUCUGCCUGUAACAGCACAUCCUAGCAAUCGUGCCGGUAGCAUGCACAUUACGACUAAACUGAAUACCGAUUCUGGUGUGCAGCCACACCACCUAGCUUACGUGACAACGGCUCUCACGAUACCACCUAACAACGUUGGUUUCAGUGGAGAUCACAGCAUGCAAGGAAGCGAAUAUGAGGAAGGAUCAGAAGAGCACAGGAAUCACGUGCGCAGUAUUUCACCAGGGUACUCCAUGCUCUUCAGCCCAGAUAGCAGUCCUACCGAUGAUGUCAACCCAAAUGAAUCUCCGGAACGAGUCGCAGUGAGCCAAACCCCGCGGAACCCAUCGCCUGUCCGAAGACAGGACUCCGUGAGAACUUCGAGUGCUCUCAUCGCUGCAGAAGCUGUAAAAGCCAUGAUCAAUAAAAUGCCACAAGAUCUGACAUUGCCCGAGCACAAAUCGGCAAGGGUGAAGGUUGGGCCAGGAAAGCCAAAUGAGGUUGAAAAAAUCAAGAACAAGCCGUUGUAUAGAGUAGCGUAUAUGUAG